GGCAGGAAAUGUCUUGUGAGUGUGAGAGAGAGAGAAAAAAAAUUGUACGUUUAGGGACGUGUUUCCCGUUGCAUGACUGCUCGUCUCUCCGCUCUCUGCUCAGACGUGUUGUGUCCCACUGCUAACUCACUUUCCAAGUAUGCUCCCCUUCCAGGCAGCACCAGGUCAGUUCGGCCCAGAGGUCCGGGAGCCGGGCCUCCGAGUGUGGAGGGUGGAGAAGAUGAAGGCAGUGCUGCUGGACCCUUCCGAGGUGGGAGCCUUUUACAACGGGGACUCCUAUCUGGUGCUGGAGAACCGCGGCGAGCUGGGAGCCGACCUCCACAUGUGGAUAGGUGAGAAGUCGUCUCGGGAUGAGCAGGUGGCGUGUGCCAUGCUGGCCACCCAGCUGGACAACUUCCUGGGCGGCGACCCCGUUCAGCACAGGCAGGUUCAGGGCUACGAGUCCUCUGAGUUCAUGACGCUCUUCCCCAGAGGUGUCAGCUACAAGGAGGGUGGUGUGGAGUCGGGCUUCAGGAGGCCUCAGGGCUCGGGGACGGUGCACAGGUUGUAUCAGAUCAAAGGGAAACGCAACAUCCGUGCCAAGGAGGUGGAGCUGUCCUGGAACAGCUUCAACAAGGGAGACUGCUUCAUCCUGGACCUUGGGGAGACGAUUGUGUCAUGGAUCGGCUCUCAAGCCAACAUCUUCGAGAAGCAGAAAGUGCGUGAGAUCGCCUCGCUGAUUCGUGACACCGACAGACACGGCAAAGCCCGAAUUGUGGACGCCAACGAGGGGGAAGAGCCUGAAGAGAUGCUCAAGGUCCUGGGACAGAUGCCAGCCCUGGCAGAGAGCACGUCAGAGGAGGACAGCAAAGCAGAUGCCUCCAACUCUGCCUCUCUCUACAAGGUGUCCGAUGCGACAGGUUCCAUGACCAUGACCAAAGUGUCAGAGAAGAGUCCGUUUGCCCAGGACCUGCUGGUCCGUGACGACUGCUUCAUCCUGGACAACGGCGCCAACGGAAAGAUCUUCGUCUGGAAAGGUAACGGAGCGAAUGCUGAGGAGAAGAGGGUGGCCUUACAGAUGGCGGACAAUUUCAUCGAGCAAAUGAAAUAUCCCAGGAUGAAAACACAGGUGGAGAUUCUGCCUCAGGGGAAGGAGACCAUCAUCUUCAAGCAGUUUUUCAAGAACUGGAACUAAAACAUUUCAUGGGAACAAUUGACAAACCCUGCACUCAAGGAGAAGCCGUGGAUCUGAAAACAGACAGCAUCUCAUACAAAAAUAGAUUUCAUUUUUUUUUUAUAUACACAGUUACUUGUAUGUAUAUGUAUUUGUAAGGUACCUUGCUGACAGAACACACUGUAGUUUGUUUUUGGCCUUUGGUAGAAUCAGAGAUGUGAUGCCACUUUUAUAAAUGCAAACAUGUUUCUUCUGCUCAGAGUAUAGAGAUAUAAAGAGAUAUAAAAAGAACCUUAAGUAAAUGAGUUUGAUUUUUUUCUUUUUUACAUUUGUUCUAGUGUCACAGAUUUGCCUGCCUUUGAAAAAUAAAUCUGAAACUGCUUGCUACUUGCA